GUUACAGUGUGGUUAAUGAAGCAUCACCCAGCAGCUGCAUGAUCAGGCUACAAACACUAAUCUGAAGUUCAGUGACUGGUUUAGUCAGUGAUGGAGACAUGGUGGUUCAUAAUAUACCUUACAGCAAUGAUGACAGUAACAUUAUCCCAAACAAAAGAUGAUCAUCCUGUUUUCCAGCCAGCGGAUAUUUUUGUAAGCCCCACUGUGAAAGCUGGGGACAACGUAACACUGAAGUGUAGCAUCUUUGACAAAAGUGUAUCAGGUGACCAGCUCCAUAUGUAUCUGUGUAAAAAUGGUGUUGGACUGAUGAUGGAACCACUUGGAAAGAAAGAUGAGCACGUCUUCAUUUUGAGAAAUGUUUCAGUGCUGGACUCGGGGAAAUACAGUUGUGUGUAUUCAAUAGACAAAUAUCCUCUGAACGAUGUGAGCACAUCAGGACAAAAAUCUGGACAUAAAUCAAUCCACGUCCAGGAUACUGUGGGAGAAAAGAAUAUGAACACAAAUGAACAAAACAAUGACCAAGUCCAGCUCAGUGGUGUUCUGCCAACAGUUUCUCUGGAAUACCUGUUGAUUCUACUUCUUGUUUUGCUUCUGGCUGUGAUACUUUUUCUUGGAAUGUACCGUAAUAGAUCCAGAAUGUUUACAAAGUUGUGCCACAACCAAGAACAAAGUGGACAGGAUAAUACAGGCCACUGUGAAGUGCAAGUGACACAGGCAGUGAACAGGACAGAAUCCUUUGAUGACAUGUGUGAAUACUCCACAAUACCAGAAUUUAACGUUAGCACAAGUCCAGGAGAUGCUUGUUAUGCUGAGAGUGGAGUGUACAGUCUGGCUCAAGGCAGUGCUGUGUACAGCGUAGCAGAGCACCCUGAUGUGAAAAUCGAUUCAGAACAACCUUCUUCAGUUGCUGUCUAUGCAAAAGUACAGAAGAGGAAAAAGAAAAUUGCUCAUGAUGAAUUUUUUAUGUAUGAAUAGUUGUUUUGUGCUUUAUUAGACAUUUUGUGUUUUUGUAAAACUUCUUGAAAGGUUUGAUUAAAGUCUUAAAGAUCUUAUUCACUUAUAUUAUAUAAUUAAACAUGUUUCAUUAGGCCAGCACGCCACAUGAAAAUAUCACGUUUUAUUAAAAUAAUAAAGGCAGAAGUAAUGAGCUCUCAGGUAUUUACAAUUACCAUCAAAAGUUUCUUGUUUUUAGAUGAUUUAUAGUCUGUAUGUAGGCUAUAAUAAAUCAACAUUACAGUAAACUUUUCAUGCUUCACACAAUUAGGAUGUUUAUUUCCUGUUUAUACACAGAACACUUUUAUUAUUAUUAAUUAAUUAUGAUGUAUGACAACAACUCUAGAUCAAUCAAACUUUAAAAAGAUCUAAAGAUUCUUUAGCCAGACUUUUCAGAAUCACUGAAUUCAUUUUUAAUUUGUUUAAUGCUGAUAAAUUAUGUCUAUGGCAGAUCAAUGUAUAAAAUAAAACACACACACGCACACACACACACAUGCAUGCAUUGUUAAUGCUGUGCCCUGCACUCAAACCUUGUAUUUGCUGAAAUAUAGCAUUAAAAUGAAGAAUAUGACUAACCAUUAAAAUCACUAAAUUAUGAAUGUAGUCAGUUUCUUACUAAGUGAACAUCUUAUGUACUUAUUCACUGCUGCCCUGAAUUGCUGAGUGACAAUUCUGUUUUUCCCUUGUGAAUGUAAGUGAUGGCUGGCAUUAAUUUGAAUCUUCCGUAUCUAUCUAUUCCAUACUUUACAACUUGUUACUGUUUUACAGCAGAAAGAAACUUACUGGCAAUAUGUUUUUGUCAAAGUGAGGGUUGUGUACUGAACAUUUCUGUUCACACAAAAUACAUUUGUAUGUAUUUUAAUUACAUAUAACUCCUUAAUUACAUUUUGUUUACCCCAAUAAACAACAUGUUCUGGAUAUUAAAUGGAGGCCCAAGGUGGGAU